AGAUGGCGGCGCCCAUGGGGUGACGGUUGGGGACGGCGGUUGGAGCGCGGGCGGUUGGAGACGGCGGUUGGUGACGGCGGGAAGUCGCGGCCGCCGUCAACAUCAACAUCAACAUGAGGGGCCGGACCGUGAGGGAGGUGUCCCAGGCAUUAAGGCAAGGCCGAAUUAGUCCGACAGAGCUAUGUCAAAGAUGUCUGUCAUUAAUCAAGAAAACAAAAGUUUUGAACGCGUAUAUUACCGUCUCUGAGGAUCAAGCCAUGAAACAGGCCGCAGAUGCAGAGAAAAGACUGCAAAAAGGAAGUCCUUUGGGUGCAUUGGAUGGAGUUCCAGUUGCUGUUAAAGAUAACUUCAGCACUGCUGGUAUUGAGACCACGUGUGCAUCAAAAAUGUUAAAAGGUUAUGUUGCACCUUUUAAUGCCACAGUGGUGCAGCGGCUACUAGACCAAGGUGCUGUUCUGAUGGGAAAGACCAACCUUGAUGAAUUUGCAAUGGGGAGUGGGAGUGUUGACAGCAUCUUUGGGCCAGUGAGGAACCCUUGGGGAUAUUCUGAACAGUAUAGAGAACGGCAAGUAGAAGGCCAAGACACGGAAGACUCCAACUGGGUAAUAGCGGGUGGCAGCUCUGGAGGCAGUGCAGUCGCUGUUGCUUCAUGGACAUGCUUUGCUUCUUUAGGUUCAGAUACAGGGGGAUCCACGCGUAAUCCCGCAGCCCAUUGCGGUGUUGUAGGCUUCAAGAGUUCCUAUGGAUUACUUUCUCGCCAUGGCCUUAUACCUUUGGUCAACUCCAUGGAUGUUCCUGGCAUUAUGAGCAGAUGUGUAGAUGAUACAAGCACCGUACUUGGCGUGCUUGCUGGGCAUGAUCCCAAAGACUCCACCACCGUGCAAGAUCUCUUCAAACCCUUCGAAUUACCCGAGGAGAUUGACGUAAGAAAUCUAUGUGUGGGCAUUCCAAAAGAAUAUCAUGCGUCUGGAUUGUCCGCAGAAACAUUGGAAAUGUGGGGAAAGGCCGCGGACUUGUUUGAAAACGCAGGAGCCAAAGUUAUUGAAGUAUCCCUUCCUCACACCCAGUACUCAAUUGUGUGUUACCAUGUCUUAUGCACUGCAGAAGUGGCAUCAAAUAUGGCUCGCUUCGAUGGACUUGAGUACGGGCACCGCAGUAACGUUGAAAGCUCUACAGAAGCCUUGUACGCAGCAACCAGACACGAAGGCUUCAAUGAUGUGGUGCGAGGAAGAAUCCUAGCAGGGAAUUACUUUCUCUUAAAACAGAAUUAUGAUGACUACUUUGUGAAAGCCCAGAAAGUGAGGCGUCUUAUUGCGAAUGACUUUCUGAAGGUUUUUGGAUCAGGCGUUGAUGUCCUCCUGACGCCCGCAACUCUAAGCGAUGCCUCCACUUUUGCCGAGUUCACAAAAGAGGACAAUAGGACGAGGUGUGCGCAAGAGGAUAUCUUCACACAGUCCGCCAACCUAGCAGGUUUGCCGGCUGUGACUGUCCCCGCCACGCUCUCCGGAAGAGGGCUACCGCUCAGCCUUCAGUUCAUCGGCCGGGCUUUCUGCGAUGAGCAGCUGUUGACUGUCGCCAAAUGGUUUGAACAACGAAUGAAAUUUCCGCUCCUCAACCUCCAGACACUGUUAAACAAUCCCAGUGAACCUCUCAAAUCUCAGACCUCACUCCGUGCCCUCUGACUGGUCCGAAACCACAACGAAUAAAUGUUUGGAAAAAGACAA